AUGUUCACCCAAAAAGACGCCAUCAGGAAGGAUUUUUUGACCGGCAAGGGCAAGGGAAAGACGACGGCGAUGGUGGCGGCUUCUGCCAGUGUCAACGACAAUGACGAUACCAACGGCGACGAUAAUGGCGGCGAGGGCAGCAGCAAACCUACUGUCAUCACCACCUCGGCUGUCUCGACAAAUAGCCCCCAAGACAACGGCCACACCGAAGGCGACAAUAUCUCUGAUGACGAGCUGGCACUCAAUUCCAAUGGCGACAACAGCGAUAACAAGAAUCCCAAGACCGCCACCACCGCCGCCGCUUCAGCAUCCAGCAGUAGCAGUAGCUCCAACAAACGGAAGCGCGCCGCCGACGACACCGGCGAAGAGUUCGAGACCGGAUACUACGUCCUCCGCUGUCCGCUCGACGGUAACUGCAUGACGGAAUCCAACACCACGCACAACGGCCCAGCAGGCAGAGCCAAGGGGAUCUUUUGCCGGCACCCGUUCAAGAGGCGCCGAGCCAUGAACCACAUCAAAGCAUGA